AUGUCUUUCUUGACUACACUUGACAAUCUGGACUGUGAGGCUUUCCUCAACGAGUUCCCCCACCUCAAGUUGCUUUUUAAGGAGACCCAGUCCCUUUUCAUUUCGGCAACUAUCGUACUCGUACUGCUCACCCGUGCCGCCGGCAUUGCUUACUUUGGCCUCGGUGUCAUCGUCGUCUGCAUGCUCGCCAAGAAGCUCAAGCGUAUGAUUCGCCAGCCAAGGCCGGUCGGAACUGACAAGGUCACAUAUGGCAUGCCGAGCACCCAUUCAGCUGCGAUCACAUUCUAUGCUGUAUACAUCAUCCUAGCCGCCAAUCUCUUGCCUAUUCACCCUGCAUGGCACUUCCCGAGCUCCCCUUACGUCCGCGUUAUCCCCUCCGUCAUCUCACUCCCAUGGGCUACCGGUGUCUCCCUAUCUCGCGUCGGUCUUCACCACCAUACCAUGUCACAGGUUGGUGCAGGCUGCCUUCUUGGCGCUAUCACUGCCGGUGUCUGGUUUAAGCUCUGGGUUAUGGGUCUCAACCAAUGGGGUGCCGUCGCAGAAACCGGACUUCAUAACUUGCUCGGAUUUUGA